AUGGAGUGGACGUCUUCUCUGAAGCGAACGCGGAAUGGCUCGAUCUACUCCGACACAACCUCAACAUUGCGUCAGCUCAACGGCCACGCGAAUAAACGUCGGAGAGCUAUGACGGAAACAGAAACUCGUAUCGCCGCAUCUUGUCACCUGGAAAAUCUGCCGGAUGAGUUGUUACAACAGGUGUUCCUCACUGCCAUGAACGGAAACCUGCUCACAGCUUCGCCGCGAAUUGCUGUCAAGUUGUCAGGAACAAAAGCCGUUUACCGUGCUGCCUUUCUCCUGACUUUCUACAGCCAUGAUGUUGAUAAAAUGUUCAGCGUCUACAACUUGCACUACCUUGUUCCUAUCCUUGAUCUUCCGCUUUCCAGUUGGGAUGUCAGAAGCAUGACCCGAGCCGUGCUGAACAGCUCCUGGUGUACAUGGGGCCAAGUGAGGAUGUGGCUAGCAGAUAACCUGGCGUACGCUAUUACCAAGUUCCAAGCCGUCUCUAAGCAGAGAAGUCUCCCUCUCUGGUUCUGCCGGUUCACAGGAGGACCGAACGAUCUAGAAACUCUGCUGGCCCGGUGCUUGUCGGGUGCCGACGAGGAUAACCGCUCGUUGGCACUAGAGAUGUGCAUGUGGGAUAUCCGCUUGAUGAGAGACAGUGAUAUCUAUGAGGAUGAAGAGUCCAAAGACGCUGUGACUCAGCAAAAUUAUGAUCUGAAUGCGUAUACCGCCGACUGGGACACUGAGCUCAUCUUCCACUGUCAGAUGCGAGUUUUGGGGGUGUUGACCAUCGGCGAUGAGAAGGCACAGAGUUAUAACUUGCAUCAUACGGAUGCCUUUCGCAAUGUAGUCACACAGAUGAUAGGGUUUGAUACCGAGGAUUUACAACAGCGACCGUCACUGGACUUCUGGCAACUCCUCGACGAACGAGCCCUACGGGCAACUCGCAAUGCGCAUUGGCUGCGCGAGACCCUCGCCAUUGAGUACUUCUUGUACCCUGAAGAUCAGCCUUUCAAAGUUUCCCCGCGUCUAUACAGAGCUGCCGCUCUGGCCGACAUAAAGCUCGAGGAGGGUAUUCAUACAGAAGGAUGUAUUCAUGUUCCGGUGCUUUACGUGCUUUUUCAGGUUGACCCCCGGGGUCUGCCGAGGAAAGAUCCAGCAUUGGUGGGCUGGGCAGCGAGAGCCCGUAGGAGGAUACUCGAUUUCUUUGACAACCUGGGGACCUUGCAGUAUGAGCUGGUCGAACGGAGGAACAACCAUGGUGGCACACUCCACAAUAGUGAUCGGCACAGGUACAGCGCAUUGGAACUCGAGUACAAAUUCCGCUACGAGAUGGACUGGAGAAUCGCGUCAUACAUCGAAACCGGCUCGUUAGGAGAAGCACUUCAAGAUCCAUUGGCUCCUGAUUUCAAGCAGCCGCUUGGGUGGCUAGGGGAGAGACUCAAUCCUUCGCCAAAAGCGCUUGACGAAGCUCGAAAGCUUUCCUAUCCUAAUUUGGGGGGCAAGGACGUUGAUAUUUUCCACGGGGACCUCGAUGAUGAUUUCGACUAUCCCUUCGCCUCGGAGCAAGAAGUCGUGGAGGAGGCUCUCUACGACCAUUUCGGCAGGGUUGAAACAGAAAUUGUAUGGGAGGCAAGCUUCGUCCUCGAUAGGAUUAGCAGAGCGGAGGCCUACUAUGCCCUCACUACCGAAGACGAAUAUUACCAAAGCAAGCACCACACUGACUAUCAAGUGCUUUUUGACAGACGUGAUUUCUGGACAAUGGCUGAACCGGACUCUGACGGUGAGGAGAACACGGUCAGCGACGGCUGGGACAAUGAGGAUGAGAACGAAGAGCGAAAUGACACUGAAGAGUGGCUCGGCUGGUCGAUGAACACUCUUCGCCAUGGACUCCUGGACGAGACACCAAUUGAAGUGAACUGUGAGCUCUCAGGCCUUGACGUGGCAGUGGCGUUCCCAGAUGACUUUCACCCAAUACCAUCGAAAGACACUGAGUUGAUCGAGCCAUUCUUCGGGCCGCCGCAAUGGUUCCAUCCAGCAAAGAAGCCAUACUUUGAAGAAAUUGAUCAAGGACACGGUGCGAAGAAGUUCCAGAGCACAAUCCAGCGGCGCUGA